GCGCAUGCUGCAUCCCGCCACUUCCCAGCAUGGAUCCCCGCAAAGUGAGGGAGCUUCGGGCCUUCGUCAAAAUGUGUAGGCAGGAUCCGAGCAUUCUGCACACUGAGGAAAUGCGCUUCCUGAGGGAGUGGGUGGAGAGCAUGGGAGGUAAAAUACCACCUGCUAUUCAUAAAGCCAAAUCAGAAGAAAAUAAGGAAGAAAAAACAGAUAGUAAGAAGGUGGAGGAAGACAUAAAGACAGACAAACCAUCAAGUGAGGAAAGUGACCUAGAAAUUGACAAUGAGGGCAUGAUUGAAGCAGACACAGACGCCCCUCAGGAAAUGGGGGAUGAAAAUGUAGAGAUAACUGAGGAGAUGAUGGAUCAGGCAAAUGAUAAAAAAGUGGCUGCCAUUGAUGCCCUAAAUGAUGGUGAGCUACAGAAAGCCAUUGACUUGUUCACAGAUGUCAUCAAGCUCACUCCUUGCUUGGCCAUUCUGUGUGCCAAGAGAGCCAGUGUCUUCAUCAAAUUACAGAAGCCAAAUGCUGCCAUCAGAGAUUGUGACAGAGCUAUUGAAAUAAACCCUGAUUCAGCUCAGCCUUAUAAAUGGUGAGGGACACACAGGCUUCUGGGCCAUUAGGAAGAAGCUGCCCAUGAUCUUGCCCUUGAAUGUAAAUUGGAUUAUGAUGAUGAUGCUAGUGCAAUGCUGAAAGAAGUUCAACCAAGGGCCCAGAAAAUUGCAGAACAUAGGAGAAAGUAUGAGUGGAAACGUGAAGAGCCAGAGAUCAAAGAAAGAAUGGAAAGGGUUAAGAAAGCUCAGGAAGAACAUGAGAGAACCCAGUGGGAAGAAGAAGCCGGACAACAAUCAGGAGCUCAGUAUGACUCUUUUCCAGGUGGCUUUCCUGGAGGAAUGCCUGGAAUGGCAGGAAUGUCUGGGCUCAAUGAAAUUCUCAGUGAUCCAGAAGUUCUUGCAGCCAUGCAGGAUCCAGAAGUUAUGGUGGCCUUCCAGGAUGUGGCUCGGAACCUGACGAAUAUGUCAAAAUAUCAGAGCAACCCAAAGGUUAUGAAUCUAAUCAGUAAAUUGUCAGCCAAAUUUGGAGGUCAAGCAUAAUGCCCUUCUGACAGAUAAAGCCCUUGCUGAAGGAAAAGGAACUUGGAUCACUCAAUGGAUGUCGCAAUAAUACAAACCAGUGUACCUCUGACCUUCUCGUGAAGAAA